GCGGCAUCUCAGUUGGAAUUGGAACCGUCAAAGUAAGGUGCUUCAGGAAGUGUUUCGAAGAGUGAUAAAUCAGUGCAUACUGGAAUGUGUUUGAAUCUGUCACAUGAAUGAAAAUUAGAACUAAUUAAUAACACCCAGUUUAUCUCGAACCUACCGAAACCAGUGACCACACCACACAAAAUGAAACAUAUCUGCUCCACGUCACUGAUCGUUUCGCUAUUGGUCAUUUUCACCGAUGCUCAAACUUUCCAGUACUCACGCGGCUGGACUAAUGGGAAGCGGUCGGGUUCGGAACCCGGCGGAACCGUGACCGGUCCGGCGAUGGUUCCCCGUUUCAACAUCGCACUGGAUAAACCGAACGAUAAGCUGUUGGUGCAACGUUUCCUGAAGGCACCGUGCGACAUUCGGUUAGCGAAUGCCCUGGUGAUGCGAAACCGAGAACUACUGCAACAGUUGGGCAACGAUCCGGACACGAUGACCAUCCUGUACGAUUCGGCCAGUGGCUCCGAAACGGAUCCCAGUGAUGUAUUGCGCUUUAAGCGAGACAUCCCAAUCGAUCUGGAUAACGCCGGUGGUUUAGCCAGGUUUUAAGCGAAUCGAAUCCGGAACUCGUUAGGUUCGAUCGAUGCAUCAGGAGAGGAAGUUUGGUCCUGUCGCGAAAAUCGUUCUAUUGUUUCAGUUUAAAAUUUUUUUUUGCUCUCUCUCGUGAUGACAGUUGCUGCUACGACGCGAACAAUGACAACAACCACAACAAUAACUAAAACAACAGGGUGAACCAUUAAAUCCAGAGAUGCCAGGUAAAAAAUUCAAAUAUCUGCAGACAGGGUCUGUAAAUCUGAAAAAAAAUCUGCAGUCAGCAAAUACGUCUUGCUGGCAGCAAUUUCUCUAUAGAGUAUGACACGCAAAACUGACUUGGCGAGCAAAAAAAAAAAAAAAGGUCACGGAAAUUUCAAAAGUCUGUACAUAUAGACAAAAGUCUGCGAGAAUUUCAAAAAUCUGCAAAAGUCUGCGAGAAUUUCAAAAGUCUGUAAAAGUCUGCACAACUAAAAAUGUCUGCAGCACUACACCCAAAAUCUGCAGAUUUACAGACAAAUCUGCAGACCUGGCAUCUCUGAUUAAAUCUUGACUGUGUGUGAUCUGACAGAUCGUUUCGAGGCGAAAAUCAUCGAGCAUGUUUACAGUAAUUGUGGAAUUAGAAGUUUCACAAAGUAUAAGAUAUAUCCAAAUAUUAAAAUACAUUCUUAAAGUUCAA